GUACACCGGCAGAACAGAGGCUUCAGUGUAAAGAGUAUGAGCAUCUUAACGGAGCAGGUCUGCUGGGAGUCUUGUUCCUAAUCUGAGCGGAAGCUUUGGAUACUGUCCACCCAUCAUCAGCCUGACUUGCAAAAUGUCUGACUUUGAGGAUUUCACCAAGCCAGGAGGGCAGGCAAAUGUAUCUGAGAGCUACCAGCUGAACCCCACCAGCGUGAUUGUGUCAGUGGUCUUCUCCCUCAUCUUCCUGUUGGGCACCAUCGGCAACAGCCUGGUGCUCGCUGUACUUCUGCGGAGCGGGCAGGUGGGAUACAACACGACCAAUCUGUUCAUUCUCAACCUGAGCGUGGCCGACUUCUUCUUCAUCAUCUUCUGCGUUCCUUUCCAAGCCACUAUCUACUCUCUGGAGGGCUGGGUGUUCGGCUCCUUCAUGUGCAAAGUGGUCCACUUCUUCAUCAACCUCACCAUGUACGCCAGCAGCUUCACACUCGCUGCUGUCUCUGUUGACAGGUAUCUCGCCAUUCGUUACCCACUACGCUCCAGAGAGCUACGGACCCCGUGUAAUGCAGUGGUUGCCAUGGUGAUCAUCUGGGGUCUGUCUCUGGUCUUCGCGGGUCCUUAUCUCAGCUACUACGACCUCAUCGAUUACGCCAACAGUACUGUGUGUAUCCCCGGCUGGGAGGAGCAGAACAGGAAGGUGCUGGACACGUGCACCUUCCUGUUCGGCUACGUCAUCCCAGUGCUGAUCGUGAGUCUCUCAUACACUCGAACCAUCAAGUACCUGUGGACGGCUGUCGACCCUCUGGACGGCAUGUCAGAAUCCAAGAGGGCCAAACGCAAAGUCACCAAAAUGAUCAUCAUCGUCACCGUGCUGUUCUGCAUCUGCUGGCUGCCGUACCACGUGGUGAUCUUGUGCUACCUGUACGGAGACUUCCCCUUCAAUCAGACCACGUAUGCCUUCAGGCUUCUCUCCCACUGCAUGGCUUACGCCAACUCCUGCGUCAACCCUAUUGUCUACGCUCUGGUGUCCAAGCACUUUCGCAAAGGCUUCAAGAAAGUGUUCAGCUGCAUCCUCAGUAAAAAUGGGAGAAACAAGGUCCAUGUGGUUCAUGUAGCCAACACUGUGCCUGGCUUUGAAGCGGGCUCCACAGAGGUGUCGCAGAUGAACGAGGAGAACGUGCGACAGAAUGAAUGUGAGAUGAUUAACAGGCCGAUCAGAGAGCCAAGAGAAGCCACGGUGACACUGAAUCUGCCCUUUCAGCGGCAGACUUGACAGCUGACUCAGCUCUGCGGAUGGCCACAGAACAGAUUGCCUUAGACAUUGCAGCUAAUAUUUGAAAGAAAUGUGUUAACUUCUCAUCAUGACAUCUACAGUUUUGGUGGCAAACAGGAGAGGAGAUAAAACAUAUUUACACAUUUAGUAUCAAAGGUCUAGUGUGUGGGAUUUAGGAGGAUAUAUUGGCAGAAAUGGAAUAUACUUAAGUUUGUUUUAUUUAUUGUAUGAUCACCUCAAAGUAAGAAUUGUUGUGUACCUUAAAAUGAGCCAUUUAUAUCUACACAGGGAGCAGAUCCUCCUUCAUGGGGUCCACCAUGUUGCACUGCCAUGUUUCUACAAUAACCCAGAACAGACAAACCAAACACUGGCUCUAGAUAGGGCCAUUUGUGUUUUUGCAUUGGCCUCCAUAUAGUGAGGAGCUCCUCAGCAACAUGCAGAGGCACUGAAUUGUUUAUGUGAAACUGCUUUAUUCAGUGCUUUUACUGGUUUAAAUCACUGUGUCCGUUUGGUUUGGGAAGAUGGGAGACCUCUGCAGAUAAUUUGGCUCCUGAAAAAACCUCCUGAACGUCAGGAUUAGAAAAAAGGUAAGAACCAUUAAACAAUCAGAGAAAAAAGGUGACAUGACAUUGAGUGACACAUUAGCAGGUGCACGUAACAGACAGGCUGAACAGCAUCUAAGAAACACUUAUUUUUCUGGUCCCUUUGUUCUGCGAGAGACCUCUGUGGAUAAAUUGGCUCCUGGUAAAGACCCCCUGAACACUGAAGGAAUUCUAACCAGGAGAAGUUUCAGCUGGUUGCAAUCCACAAUCCUCACCACUAGAUGCCACUAAAUCCCCUAAAUCUUUCACACUGGAUCUUUAAGUUGUGCACGGUGAGUCCACAGUCCACAAUGUGUUUGUUUCAUCAUUUUUGUCAAGCACUACUUCCCAUAAUGUUCCACUAACAUAUGUAGCCUACACUCAGUCAGAAAAGUAUUUACUCAAAGUGAAAUGUUCUCAGUAUUUCCUGUUUGCACCAUUUGCCUUAACCAUGGCCUGCACUUUGGUAUUAAUUUGAGUUUGUCAGUAUCUGAGAAUCCACAGUACUCCAGCACUUUUUAAAAGCAGCAAAGAAUGUGUCUCACAGAGUUACAGUUACGUUUCAGCUUUUCAAAUGGUCCCAAAGAUGUAAGUCGUUUGCUCUUCGCUUGACUUCAAACGGGGUUCAGGGUCAUUGUCCUUCUCAUAAAGUCUCAUCCCUUUGCUUCUCCUGUGAUGUGGUGCUUCUCCUCGUCAAGUCAAGUCAUCAUGACACUGCAGUAUAACCAACACCAUGUUCAACUGUAGCUUUUAUGUUUUGUUAUGUAAAUCUCUUAUAUGGUCUUUUCCUCACAUGAACCCAACUGCGGUCUUCAAUGCUGAUUUUGACCAGUUUUAAAAGUGCUAUAUUCUGGUUUUUAGGCUGUCACUUUUCUCACUGGAGCAGCAUAUUAUUUGCUUCAUUUCUUUUGUAUCUUGCAUGCAGAUGCUCUUCUGUUUUGUCAAGAUAUUACUGAUAUAUUAGAUUUCUUAAGGUAUGUUAUCACAAAAUUUGUGCAAACAUGAUAUUCAGUAAAAUUCAGUAAACCGGCAUUUGAAAUCUCAGAUUUUUUGGGGGAUAUUUUCUGAUGUAAGAAGUUAAAAAAAAAAAAAAAAAACAGGUGUGAGGAGAUAUACAUUUAGUUAAAACUUUAUUAAUAUUUGAUAAAUAUUAAACCAUCCUUGGUCGAAGGCUUGAGUCUCUUUGGACCCCAUCUUCUUGCUUUACUUGUAUUUUGCAAUGAUUGUAUUACUGGCAUGUUUGUCUUUGGUGUAAAAUAUAUAUUUGAAUAUGUUUAUCAAUGAGUGCACUUAAGCGUUUAAGAGUUGUGCGUAUUUUAAAAAGGUGUGUACUUUGUGCAUUUAAAAGCUGUGAAAUGAUUAUUGUCAUUUACACUGUUUGUUUCCGUUCUUUCUCCAAUGAAAGCAGAUCCUCAGUAUCUCUCUCCUUCUCUGUAAGCUUGUGCCCUACCUCAGAGCUGUAAAAAGAAAAAAACCUGUGUUUUUGCUGUGUUCUGCUCAGAUUGUGUAAGAUGCAAUUUUCCUCUUGAGAGACUCAUUUUCAGGCAGAACAUUCUCCUUUGCACUGACCAAUUUUCCUCCAGUUUGUUUUCUGUGAUUUUGCAUCUUAUGGUGUAUAUAAGAAAGUAUCUCUCUGUUCGUUCUGUUUCACUAUGUAGACUUUACAAACGUGACGGCUUGUAAAUUUUAUGAAUAUAUAUUUAAAUAGAUAUUUAUCAAAAUGUUUUAGAACACAAUGUC